CAUCAUCAUCACCAUUUUAUAAUCCUUCCUCUCUCGCCCUUUUCUCCCAUAUCUCAAACCUAUUCUACACUCACAAUCUCACGUCAAAACCAUACCCAAAUACCAAAACAUGGGAAAGUUGUGGACUUUGAUCAGCCAGCUUCAUUCUAUUGCUGGGCCGGUCGUGACCUUGUUAUACCCUUUGUAUGCAUCGGUGGUGGCAAUAGAGAGCCAGUCCAAGUUGGAUGACGAACAAUGGCUAGCGUAUUGGAUCAUCUAUUCGUUCCUGAGCCUUGCUGAAAUGGUUUUUCAACCUGUGUUGGCGUGGAUACCGAUUUGGUACGAUGUGAAGCUAUUGACGGCUGCAUGGCUGGUGUUGCCACAGUUCGAAGGAGCUUCGUACUUGUAUGAAAGGUUCGUGAGAGAGCAUAUAAGGAAAUACGUAACGGAGAGGGAACAUCUGCAAUACCACCCUCAACAAAGUAAAAGGUCAGCCAACGAAAACAAGACAAAGAAGAAAUUCGUGGAAUUCGUCACGCCCAAGAAACAGGAGGAUCAUCAGGAAGCGUACUAAGUUGCGAAAAGGACGCUGCUUAGAAAACUGUGUUGGGUUUUUCAGCUGAUUUCAAUCAACUUUCCUUUCAAUUUGGCUACUUGCGUUUUAUUCAUGUUAAUUGUGUAUGUAUGUCUAUAUAUAUAUAUGUGGACUCUUGCUGUAUCAUGAUCAUGAUCAUCGUAUCUCAUAUUGUACGUGUGUGUAAAGUGAUCUCUUUCUUGAGUCUUGUUGCAGAUGCAUGGUAUGUUUACCUUUAGCUGAGA